AUGUCCCUGCUCCUCGUCGUCGCCCUCCACAGGACCUCGCUGCCCCCCAAGGGCGUCUACGCCGCCUGCAUCUUUGUCGGGGCGGGCGUUAGCUACGCGGCCGCGUUCUUCGUGAAGCACAAUGCCGACUUCGCGACGGCUUGCAUGGCGCUGUCGGUGCUACCCUGCGUGGGCUCGCAGGGCAUCCCCUGGGGCCUCAUCGCCGCCAGCAACAAGGCUGCCGAGGAGCGGGGGCUCCCUGUCAGCACCGCGUUGCAGAUGGCCCUCUUGAACUGCGGCCUCGUGCUCGGCCAGCAGUUCACCCACCUGACUCUCGCUGCGAUGGAGAGCUUCGUGGCGCCCACGCUGGCGCUCCCCGCCAUGUUGGCCGCUGGCGCGGUGGCAAUGACCGUGGCGGGCGCCGGCGCGCUCAUGCUCCCGAGCGGCGCCGAGGAGCACGACGCGCUGGGCGCGGGCGGACGCACCGGCGGAGCGGACCUGGAGCUCAGAGGAGGAACAGCCCCCCCACCCCACGCGACGGCGAGGGCCUCUGACCGGCAGAAGGGCGCGCAAGAGCGCAAGGCGCACAGCGCGAAGGCGCGAGAGCGCUCUGACGUGCACAAUGGCGCGCAGGUGCGCAAGGCGCACAGCGCGAAGGCGCGAGAGCGCGAGAGCGCGAGAGCGCCGGAGCGUGGGGGCAGUCGCCGCCCGCCACGCAAGACGUGGGGGCGUGGCCGCCCUCUGCCGCGCGCCUCCCGUCCUGCAGUUCGUUCGCCUGGGGACGAGGUGCCCCCCGCCCUCCAUUUCUCAAUUGCCCCCGCGGGUGGCGUCGACCUCCGAGCGGGCGCGCUGGCCGCGGAGCGGCCAGGCGGCGCAGCGCCGAGCCAGCGCCCGCCGCGAUGGAGCCCGCUGCUGCAGCCUCCAACGCCUGCCUUCGGCUAUGUCUCUGUGCGUCCCUUGCCUGGCCACCUUCUGCUCCCUCAUCUUCUGGGUUCGGUUGUUUCGCCUUCCUUCUCUCCAUCCAUGUGCUGGUGCGGCUGA